GUCUCGCUCGCCCCUAUCGCUCUCUGCCUCUCUCCCACCGCAUCUCCCUCGCCCGCGUCGCCGCGCAUCUCCCUUGCCCGCGUAGCAGCCGCAUCUCCCUCGCCUGCUUCGCUGCAUCUCCCUUAACCGCGUCGCCGCUGCCCUCUUUCUCUCGCGUCAUCCCUGGUUCGUCGUCCCAAGAUUCGAUUUUUACCACCGGAGGAGCUGCUGGAGUCGGAGGAGCUGCGGGAAGAGGAACUGUGGAGGUGAGGAGCUGCCGGAUCUGUGCGGCGGUGGGGAGCUGCUGCAUCUGUGCGGCGGUGACGAGGAGUAGUAGGCGAUGGUGAGCAGCUGGACCCACGACGGCACCUCCGCCCUGCCCAAGCGCGUCGUACACCACCUGACGCCGAAGGAUGCGGUCGAACACCACCUGCAGCAGCUUGUCGUCGCCGCGGCCGCCACCGUCCUCCUCGCGCGCGGCCUCCAUGAGCGACUCCUUGAGGAGCAGCCGUUGCGUCAGGUGGCGAGUGGAUGGACGUGGUGGCCCGGCUGUGCGUCCAUGGAUGAUGACUCCUUGAGGGCGACGCUGACGGUGGUGCUUGUGGUGCCCGACGCUGACGAUUUUACUACUCCUCUUGCAAUAGGUUCGUGGCAUAGGCGAUGCUCAAUUGGGGAAGAAAGGUGGCGCCUCAUGCAAACACUUUGUGCAGUUUUAACUGAAUGUACUCCCUCCGUUCCAAAUUACUCGUCGACGAGUAAUCUGGAACGGAGGGAGUAUAUGUUAGGAGCAAUCCAUGUGAACAUUGAACAAAUCGAGAUUACUGCUGACUUAUGGUUGAGGAUGCCUGGUGUUCAGUGCAAGGACAAUAUGUUUGAUGCCUGAACCUGAAUCUACGUUUGAGAUCUGCCAAGACUUCCUCCCAGAUAUCUGAUUUGUGAACCUAUUUAUUAAGAUGCCCUCGUAUGUACUCCUCAGUUAUCCUGCUUGCUGAUUUCGCUAGCACAAUGCAUUUUUUGUCAAUUGAAAUUUGGUGCAAACACUCUGUCCAAUUUCAUCUAAAUGUAAAUUUCAUCCAAUUUCUGAGUUAUCCUGCUUGCUGAUUUUGCUAUCACAAUGCAUUUUUUGUCAGUGCAAGGACGCGUUCUCUCAGCACGGCGAUGUUACCCAAGGAGUACUGGAGCUCACCAACUGCAUCUUGACCGGGAUCGAUGCCCUCUUCCUCUUCCAUGUUCAUAUCAUCUUGGAUUGCUGCCUGUUCUGAAGUUGGUGCAAUGGAGC